UAACAUUAGCCUCUUUCUGUGACCACCUGAGAAGUUAGAUUCGAUAUGAUCAAGUUAACAAUCCUGAUUGCAAGCCUGGCUCUUGCCAGUGCCGGUUACAUCCGAACGGAGCCAUCCUACGCUGCUCCUGUUGCCACCCCUACACAUCACUCUCCAGCUCCAGCAGUGAGCUACAGUAGCUUCGUUCGUCAUUUUCCAUCUCAACCGGCCCUUCACUUCACCCAUGACCAAACUCAUCCCGUAACAGUCGUAUCUGCCCCAAACCACGAAUACGCUGCACCAUUGACCAAUCAACAACGGUUCAUUUACGCCCAAAACCAGGCACCAGCUCUUGCCUACGGCCAAGGAUACGCUCCAGCACUGCCCCAAGAUCACUACAGGUAUCCCGAGUAUGAUGCUCCACUACUGGCCACAAAACCUCUCGUGGUAGCUCAGCCACAACCUCAUCUGUAUCAUCAUCACAACACAUAUGCCACUCAUGCUGCUCCAGUUGUAGCCGCUCAAGAUUAUCAUCAAGGUGAAGGUCUUGUGUACGAUCAACACCAUGGUCAUUAUUGAACAUCGUUCCCGUUCUGUUGGGUUCUGUCAGUGCUACAAAGUGUUGUUUAUUCAUGUUUAGCUUUUGAAGUUUACUCCACAAUAAUAUCAAGACCAAUAUACAAUAACACAGGGUUGAUUGAAACAAUGCCACUUUCAAUAAAAAAUGAAUUUUCAACAUAAACAAACAAAUAUAUGUAUCAGAAAAGGAAUAUAAUUGUACAUAAAUGUCUUAUAUUUGUGCGCAUAGGAACUAGAGUGGCUCAUGCACAUAUCCAAAAGUUUGACGGGCCAUCAAAAUUGUUUUUUACAGAUGAUCACAUUGUGCUUAUGAAGACUUUCAACCAUUUUUGAAUGUUUAUCAUGAUAUUCAGCAAUGAAAUUAAUUACGAAGAGUCCUAACAAAAAAAAAAUCAGAACCCUUGAAAACUUUAGAACUGUAAAGCUUAAAAGUAUUGACUGUAAGAUUAAUCAAAAGUGGGUAUCUGACAGUUGUUGUCAAUAUUAUUCACUUCGCAAAUUUUAAAAGGUAGUUCACAAACAAUACAACCAAAAAUUUUAACCUGUAUUAAAGACGUAUUGUGCUGAACACAUUAAUUUUGUACAUGCUUUGUUACGAAUUAUAAGUUUUGGCAGAAAUAAGAAAGAUUUGCAGAAAUUUCAUUAAGAAUAAAUUUAUUUUUAAAGUAGAAAGAAACUGAUCAUACCUUGUUUAUGUGAAAAGUGAUUUGAAAAUAACGGAUGAACUAAACACGAAGUAUCCUUUUUGUGAAAAAUUGGAUGCAUAAUUAGGAUGAAAAUUAUACAAAAGUACAAUAAAUAUACAGCUGUGUUCAUAAAAAUAACAGUGAAAACCGUUUUCUAUACAAAAUGGCCAACUUUGACAUGCUGUAACUUUGUUCUCCUAUGAGCGUUUUAGCUAAAAAUGACAGCCAACUACAAAUAUGGUGAAUAUUGUUAUAGUUAAGUAUCAGAAUUUUCGAAGCACGUGGAUAAAAG